AACACAACCCUAUUAGUCUAUGACCAUCAUCAUAUCAGUUGCCCUCGCGGUCUCCUAUACCAUCACACGACACAAAUAGCCGCAUCUUGUUGUAUUCGUCCCGCCACCACCUAACAUUGACGAUAUUGAACCCUUGUAAGCCCGAGAUACACAGCUUCCACAAUGGCCCAUCUGACGAAACAAGAGAGAGCCAGGGUACACCAAGGUGUUUCUUGAGGUGGACAAGAACGGUGAUGCAUGCCCUCAACUUGUCUCUGAGCUUGGUGCGCUGUGUUUGGUCCUCGGGUAUCGUAUGUCGCCGGCGAGAGUUGCGGCUCUCUUCACAUCGCUGGACACUGACAAAAACUCCAGGGUGACCCUUGACGAGUUCCUGGUCGCCAUGCCAACUAUACCGCCCAAAGAAAGGAAGUGCGCAAACCUCAGACGUCUCUUUCGCAGCCUCGACACAAACAAAGAUGGCGUCUUGUCAGUUGACGAACUGUCUCAUGUCAUGGCAUCAGCUGAAGUUCCCCUGAGCCGGGAGGAAACAAUGCAGCUUAUAGCUCAGGUAGACCAGGACGGAGACAACCAACUGAACUAUGAGGAGUUCUUGGAGCUGAUGGAAUCGAGUAGUAGAAGAUGAAUGAACGUCGGCCACAGCCUCAUCUACAUUUCAUACAGGGCUAAACAUGGACAUCAUAGAAUUUGUGGAUUUUAUCAUGGAACGUUAUUUAUGAAUUAUAAAAAUAGAAUACGUCUGUCGGUACAGUUUGUAGGCAAUACACUUUUUACAGUGAAACAUGAACAUCAUAGAAUGUGUGGAUUGUAUAAUGGAACAUUACUUGGGAAUUCGAAAAAAUAUUACGUUUGUUGGUACAGCGGGUAGCCAAUACUCUCUUUUACAAUGACACACGAACAUCGUUGUAUUGCUGAUAUUCAUAAUGUAACUUGAUUUGUGAAUUCAGAAAAAAAUAAUCAGUUCAUUUUGUAA